UUCUUUAUUAAUUUUCCUCCAGCAGAUUGAAUGUUUCCCUUUUCAAGUGACAGGCAGGACUGAACACUCCAAGACUUGAAUUCAGUGCACCCAGCCAACUAGAACAAAAUAGAAAGGGAGGUAGAUAAGGAGAAAACUGAUCAGGCAUGCCUAGAAAACGAAGGCACGAAGAUGAUGGAGAGAAGGACCUACCUCCCAGACACCUCACAAAUCCACAUCAGACAAACCAGCAGAAGCGUCUCAUAGUUGUCCUGGAAAAUGCGCAUCUUGAUGUCAUCAAGGUAGGGGUCUGUUCCCAAGGAGCUUGUAUUAAGAGAUUUGCAGGCCUUAUGGUCCAACUACUACACAAGUUGAGCAUCAAAUCAACUGAGAACUCCAUUAAGCUGCUGAAGGUGAUCAAGAAUCCAGUAACUGAUUAUCUACCAGCUGGAUGCAAAAAGAUUGGCACCUCAUACCAGGCAAAGGAGUUGGUUCGACCUCGUGACCUCAUAACUCCAGGCAUGAAGGAGCCUGUUGUCUAUGUUGUUGGGGCAAUGGCUCAUGGAAAGGUGAAUGUGGAUUAUACUGAGAAGGAAGUGGCCAUCAGUGAGUAUCCCUUAUCAGCUGCCCUCACAUGCACAAAGCUGUUGAAUGCUUUUGAAGAUGCUUGGGGUAUCACGUGAAGCUGACUUUCAUAUUGUUGAUGUUUGAGGUUGGUAAACUUGACUUUUACUGAAUACACUCUUCACCUAUGCUGGAG